AUGCAUUCCGAGCCAUCGACGGGAGAUGAACGGGACUCGGAGGCCGGCGGCGUUGCCGUCGCGCCCGAAUUCGCGAAUCGAAGUGAUUCGCAGUUACUAGCCAAAAUGGGGUACAAGCAGGAAUUGAAGCGACAAUACUCCACGCUGCAGAUGUUUGCGAUCGCGUUCAGUAUCAUGGGUCUUGUACCGUCGAUCGCCUCGACUAUCGCGUUUUCGCUUCCAGCGGGUCCUGCCGGCAUGGUUUGGGGAUGGUUUACAGCUAGCAUCUUCAUUAUUAUCGUUGCGUUGGCUAUGUCAGAUCUAGCAUCUGCAAUGCCCACGGCCGGUGGUCUAUAUUGGUGGACCCAUUACUUCGCUGGCGACAAGUACAAGAACCCUUUGAGCUUUCUGAUUGGAUAUACCAACACACUGGGCCUGAUUGGCGGCAUAUGCUCAGUCGACUAUACACUUGCUCUCAUGAUUCUUUCCUGUGUUUCCAUCGUUGGCGAGUCGGACUGGACACCAUCGCGUGGCGAAAUCUACGCUGUUUAUGUGGCUUUGAUUCUCAUUCAUGGAGUUUCUGCUGUCGUCACCGGCCGUAUAAUGCCGAAGAUUCAGACAGCCUGCAUUUAUAUCAAUAUCGGUCUGGUGAUUGCUACGGUGAUUGCAUUGCCCGUCGGAAAAGUCGCUCGAGGCGGAACGUUGAAUUCGGGGAAAUACGUUUUUGGCCAUGUUGAAAAUUUAACAGGGUGGCCGACUGGAUGGGGUUUCAUGCUUUCAUGGCUUGCUCCGAUUUGGUCUAUUGGCUCAUUUGAUUCCUGUGUGCAUAUGAGCGAAGAGGCUUUGCAUGCUGCCAAAGCUGUCCCGAUGGGUAUCAUGUUCUCGGCUGGCUCGGCACUUGUUUUCGGCUUCCUAGUCCUGUCUGUCAUGGCUGCUACCAUGAAUCCGGAUGUGUCGCAAACUCUCGGUACUAGUUUCGGACAGCCCAUGGCACAGAUCUACUACGAUGCACUUGGCAAAGAUGGUGCUUUGGCUUUCAUGAUUGUACUGUGUAUCGUUCAGUAUCUGAUAGGUCUCAGUUUGCUCGUCGCUACAUCACGCCAGGCAUGGGCCUUUUCACGAGAUGGUGCAUUCCCCUUUUCCAACUUCUUCCGCCAUAUCAGCAAACGGAUUCAAUACCAGCCUAUUCGUAUGAUCUGCGGCCUUAUUGUGGUAUGCCUCAUCUUGGGUCUGUUGUGCCUAAUCAACAAUGCUGCCACGAAUGCCUUGUUCUCCCUGUUCGUUGCCAGCAACUAUCUAUCUUGGGGCAUGCCGAUCUUUUGUCGAGUCUUCUGGGGUGGAAAUCGAUUCCAGCCUGGCGAGUUUUAUACUGGCCGAUUUAGCAAGCCAAUUGCGUGGAUUGCUGUCGUCUACCUACUUUUUGGUGUCGUGUUGUCCAUGUUCCCGACCGCGGGUCCGAAUCCAAGCCCACCCGACAUGAACUAUACCGUUGUCAUCAAUGCCUUUGUCUGGAUUGGUUGCAUGGUCUACUACUUCCUCUUUGCCAGGCAUUGGUUCACUGGCCCACGAAUGACAGUCGACGAAAGCAGUUCCAUUGUUUCGGAAAGCACUCCUGUCACCUCUGUCUUGGGUAUUUCACGCUCUCCAAAAGAAGAAUGA